GCCACAGCCCCAAGCUGGCCCGAGCUGCUUCCGCAUCAGCUGGUUGAAUAACCCCAGCAUAGACAACUGGCAGCCAUAGCAAAUUAGGGUCAAACAUGUGCAGCUUCAUGCUCAGCCAAGCGUUCCAAGCGAGUCUGAAACUGCGACAUCGAGUUAGUUGAGCAUUCAAUUUCAGGGUCAAUCUACACUUUCAAAUCUCGGAAUCGCAAACGCAAUCGCACUUGGAUUUGGGUUCGGAUUCGGAUUCUAAGCAAAUUACACGUAUACACAAGCCAAACAAUGUUUAUACCCUGUAGUCAAUUGCGAUCAUGUGGUCCACCCGCCUACUUCAUUUGCUUGGUUGCCUUGCGCUGGCCCUCAGCACGGCUCGGGCGCAGUUCUUCUACCAUCAGGCUUUGGGGCUGCCAGCGAAGGUCGCAUAUGAGCCAGCAUCGCCAUAUGUGGGAUAUGCCACGGCAGAUGCGCAUCCGUCGGUGGUUAAAAAUGCCCAAUGGGAGUCGCAGCUGCCGAGUGAACUAUCCAAAAGUGCCCGCUUCUACAGCGAUCCGGUCAUAGCUGCCAAUCUGGCCAAGGAAUCGCUGCUGACGCGCAAGGAGAUGGCGGUUGUGCAUCGCGAGGCGGAAAAGAUUCCACGCGAACAGGUCUACAAGCUCUUCAAGAACGCGGGCUACUUGAGUCGCAGAUAGACGGAAAAACAAUUUCCAUUUCCCAAGUGCCUUGUUGUAUUCUAGUUUGUAAUUUGUUGCAUAUGUUUAUUAUGAAGUCGUAAUAUACUCAAACAUGUUUUUGUAA